AUAUAAGUGGUAUACAGUGUACAUGGUAUUUGAAGCUGUUCCGGAGAGCGGGAGGGAGUUUGCCUUCUCGCUGCUGAAGACGAUCUUGUUCGAACGCCGCGGUCCGCGCGACGCUGAUGCAACGCCGCAUCAAGGGAGUGAGUGACUGGUUGAGCGAGCGCGCGCCGUGGCUCGCGGCAACGCAACGUGUCCGCAGUUGACCAGACAGUGGAGAGAGCAGCCAUGGGGGAGCCGCUGGGUCCGGAGAAGAAGUUUCACCUCAUCACGAGGAACCUGCAGGAGGUCCUGGGUGAGGAGAAACUGAAAGAGGUCCUAGGGGAGCGAGAGCUGAAGGUGUACUGGGGCACGGCCACCACCGGGAAGCCGCAUGUCGCCUACUUUGUACCCAUGUCAAAGAUCGCAGACUUCCUGAAGGCAGGCUGCGAGGUGACCAUCCUGUUUGCCGACCUUCACGCAUACCUGGACAACAUGAAGGCCCCCUGGGAGCUGCUGGAGCUCAGGACUCAGUACUACGAGCAGGUGAUCAAGGCCAUGCUGGAGAGCAUUGGGGUUCCCCUGGACAAGCUCAAGUUCGUCAAAGGAACGGACUUCCAGCUCAGCAGGGAGUAUACUCUGGAUGUGUACAGACUUUCGUCCGUGAUGACGGAACACGAUGCCAAGAAGGCUGGAGCAGAGGUGGUGAAGCAGGUGGAGCACCCCCUGUUGAGCGGGCUUCUCUACCCCGGCCUGCAGGCCUUGGAUGAGGAGUAUCUCAAGGUGGAUGCUCAGUUUGGAGGAGUGGACCAGAGGAAAAUCUUCACACUGGCUGAGAAGUACCUCCCCUCUCUUGGUUAUGCCAAAAGAGUCCACUUGAUGAACCCAAUGGUACCUGGACUCACAGGCAGCAAAAUGAGCUCCUCAGAAGAGGAGUCCAAGAUUGACCUCCUGGACAGGAAGGAGGACGUGAAGAAGAAGUUGAAAAAGGCCUUCUGUGAGCCAGGCAACGUGCAAAACAACGGUGUGCUGGCGUUUGUCAAGCAUGUGCUCUUCCCACUGAACUCAGAGUUUGUCAUCAAAAGAAGCGAGAAGUUUGGCGGAGACAAAGUUUACACAUUGUACGAGGAGGUGGAAAAUGAGUUUGCACAGGAGCUCCUUCACCCUGGUGACCUGAAGGCUUCAGUCGAGGUGGCUCUGAACAAGCUGCUGGACCCCAUCAGGAAGAAGUUUGAGAGCCCGGAGAUGCGGAAGCUGACGGGCCUCGCCUACCCAGACCCAUCAAAAAGCAAGGGCGCUAUGAAAGGAAACCCCAAAAACUCAGAUGAUGAGGAGAUUAUUCCAUCCAGGCUAGAUGUCCGGGUUGGGAAGGUCAUCAGCGUGGAGAGGCACCCUGACGCAGACUCACUGUACCUGGAGAAGGUGGAUGUGGGUGAGGCGGAGCCCCGCACGGUGGUGAGUGGCCUGGUGGCGUAUGUGGCCAAGGAGGACCUGGAGGACCGGCUGGUGGUGCUGCUGUGCAACCUGAAGCCCCAGAAGAUGCGUGGUGUGGAGUCCCAGGCGAUGCUGCUCUGCGCGUCCAUAGAAGGGGACCCACGAAAAGUGGAGCCCCUGGACCCGCCUGAGGGCUCUGCACCGGGGGACCACGUCUUUGUGGAGGGGUACAAGGCUGGAAAGCCUGAUGAUGAGCUGAAGCCCAAGAAGAAGGUGUUUGAGAAGCUACAGGUGGACCUGAAGAUCUCCAGCGAGUGUGUGGCCCAGUGGAAGGACAAGCCUCUGAUGACCAGACUUGGUCAGAUCACCUGCAAAAUGCUCAAGGGGGGCAAUAUCAGUUAGAGCCUCCACACCCCCUCCUCUUCUCACAUCUCCAUUACAACCACGCUCUCCCUCAACCAGGUCUGAAGCUGCUCAGGAAGGAAUGGGAAAAGUCCAUUAAUGCUGGGUGUGGCCUGGGUUAUUAAACCAAAUAAUGCCAUGAUUAACCCUUCAUCCCGAUCGCUGACUCUCAUUGACUCCGAAAGGUAAAGUGUGUGAGGCACCUGAUGCCAGACUGCCUGGUCGUGACACCUUUGUGGUUGUCCAACAUGACUGUGACACAUUUGCUACCGUGGCUUCGUCCAGUGACCAGACAUCGCAGUCCUGUGUUUGGUUUCAUGCUUCACUAUCAGACCUGAUGUUUCAUUAUUGCCUUUCAGCAAACCACUCAACCCCCUCAUCACCACCCCAUCAGAUGGGCAUCCUUUCCUUCCUUUGCUCAUUCUCCCCUCUUAUUCCAUGUCCCUCUCCACAGUAUCGGAAUUUUCACAGACCACCUGCUUCUGGAACAUUCUGACAAUGGAGGUUCUGGGUUGAAUGAGCUGUGUUGUUGGGUGGCGGGGGGGCACAUGCUGGGCGGCAUGUGGUUGUAAUAUCGCUUCGGUGUCUCUUGAGCCCUAAGGCCGCACUGUAUCGAUCAGUCUUAUCAUGUUAAGCACACUGUAAAAUUCAAUAAACGCAACUGUCUGGCUCUUA